GCUGCAGUGUGUGGGCUGCUGCUGCCCAUUAAAUGUUCUCUCAUUGUAGUCUCCGUUGCCCCAUUAGGAAACUAGUGAAUGAAUGGCACCCACAAAGCCACAAUUUAACUUAUUCAUCAUAUUUUGUCAUGCCGUUCCCUUCCCACUCAGAGAAAGCUCAGCUGGGAUCCACUACAGCAGCUGAAAUGUUUUUCAUGUUAAUAUUGCUGUAUGAUUGCCUAAUUUUAAAGAUCUUAUUUGGGAAUUGUUUCGAACCUCCUGCCAAUGCUUCUCCUCCAGUCCACAUUAACACAUAGAUGCAUGUCUCAUUUAGUCUGGUCUUUGAUCUCAGUGUGCUGCUGAUUCAGUUUGAUCCGCACAUGUUUUCAUUGUGUUGUUUGUACUUCCCGAUUGUCCUUCUAUUGUUUUCCAGGACCCCCUUGUAAACGAGCCCUCUUUCUCGAUGGGUAAAUCUCCUGGUUAAAUAAAUUAAUUAGUUAAUAAUAUUGUUGCAUGCAUGUCUAAUUAGCUUUGAUUAUGAUCCCUAUUGCUUCAAAUGUAUUACAAAGUAUCUUUUUUUGGGAUAUCUGCUGUAUAUUUUAUGAGUGGUCGAUUGAAAUUACAUUUGCAGAUUACAUUUACUGAUUACAUUUUCAGAUUACAUUUCCAGAUUACAUUUUCUGAUUACAUUUUUUCUAUUACAUUUGUGGUCCUUAUCGCAAUUAUAUUCGGUUUUCACUCUGAGUUCAUGAGCUGCUCUUCAGCUCUAGAUAUCAGCCGCACACAUAUAUAAAGCAGGCUUGUGAAACCCAGUGUAUUGCCAGAAAAACAAAAGUAUGGCUCUUACUUGUACAAACACUUUGGUAGAACCUGUGUUCCAUGCUGUAUACCUACAGCAGGCAGCUAGACCCAAAGAGCAGCUCCUGAACUCACACAAAACACAGUAUUUUCGUCACUGCAGUAAGAAGCACUCAAAAUAAUUGUGGACUGCAAUCAGAGAUGGCAAUGAAUCUCCUCCCAGCAUCUGAUGAGUUCAUAACACUGACAUUGUGUGUCUGUGUGGGUGUGCGUGGGUGUGCUUGUAUUCCUGUGUCUGUGUGCCUGUGUGUGUCUGUGUGUGUGUGUGUAUUCCUGUGUCGGUGUGCCUGUGUGUUUGUGUGUGGGUGUGUGUGCCUGUGUGUGUAUUCCUGUGUCUCUGUGCGUGUGCAUGUUUGUGUCUCUAUGUGUGUGUGCUUGUAUUCCUGUGUGUGUGCGUGUGCAUUUUUGUGUUUGUGUGGGGGGGUGUGCAUGCUUGUAUUUCUCUGUGUGUGUGUGUUGCGGGUGUGUGUGUCUGUGCGGGUGUGUGUGUGUGUUCGUGUCUGUGCCCUUCUCCUCACAGAGCUGGAGAGGGGUCUGUCGGAGCCUCAGAUUCAAGUGGUCUGUAAACAAACGCUGCAGGCCCUAGAAUAUCUCCAUGGCAACAAGAUCAUCCACAGAGACCUGAAGACAGGGAACAUCCUGCUCACAAUGGAGGGAGACGUGAAGCUGGCUGAUUUCGGUGUGUCUGCUAAAAACACCAGCACUCAACAGAAAAGAGCAACCUUCAUCGGCACCCCCUACUGGAUGGCUCCAGAGGUGAUUCAGUGCGAGACCUCGAAGGACGCCCCGUACUCCUGCAAGGCGGAUAUCUGGUCUCUGGGGAUCACGCUGAUCGAGGCUGCGGAGAUGGAGCCCCCCUAUCACGAUCUGAACCCCAUGAGAGUGCUGCUGAAGAUCACCAAGUCCGAGCCCCCCUCCCUGUCCCAGCCCCGCCUCUGGUCAUCUGAUUUCAAGGACUUCCUGCGGCGUGCUCUGGAGAAGAACGUGGAGGCCCGGGGGACGGCGGGCCAGCUGCUGCAGCACAGCUUCGUGUCGGGGGUCUGCGGAAACGGACCCCUCAAGGAGCUCAUCGCAGAGGCCAAGGCUGAGGUCAUGGAGGAGGUGGAGGACGGGGGUAAGGCCGAGGCCGGCCAACAGCCUUCAGGGUCAGAGGCCACGCCGGCUUCUCAGAAUUACACACAACAUCUUUCCGGAACCAGCGAAGGCGAGACGCCCUCGAAAAUACGGCGUGUUUCCUUGGAAACGGGGGGAGGAGCUACCAUGCCCCGCCAGGGAACUGUCCCUCCCGAAACUGGAGGGACAGAGGGGGCAGGGGGUGAGGAAUCAGCAACGCAAACCCCCGCUGAGCCUACGGGACUCACGGACGCAGUGGAGAACGUACCCGAAGAUACUGUCAGCAAACCAGAAAUCAGCUCCCCUGAUCAGACCCAAACUCUAGGGGGAGAAGCAGAACUAAGCUCAGCUGGUCCGUCCCAAACGGGACAGGAAGGGUCUGCAGGAAACCUAAAACGGGCCAGACGCCUGUCCGACCCCAUUGCCUCACUGCCUCCCUCUUCCUGCAGCCAGAGGCGUUGCAAAUCCUACUACUGGGAUGAAGACAGGAUCCAGGAUCAAGAGUCUGUUAUCAGGAUGUUAAAGGGGGUCGAUUCACCCAAUGUGCUCAAUCUCCCCCCACCCUCAAGCUCAGAACACCUCGUAUCCAAUGACCAGGCUGGGAGCAUCGUGUCUGCUUGUACCUACAGAGGGGCACUGCCUGGAACGGAAGGCAGUAGUUCCUUCACAGGGGAAGUCACCAAGGAACUGCAAAGUCAAGCAGCAUCUGCAGAGGGGUCUGGGAUAAGCAGAGUGGAGAAUGGGGUACACUGGGGUUCGGAUGGACCUCCUCAGGGAGAUACAGUCAUCACUGACUAUGAAACUGAGAAGGACAGUGUGGUUGGGCUGCUGGGCUCGGACUGUGCUAUUGGGGAGGGUAUGGAGAGUGUACAGAGAGUGGAUGAGACAGCAGGGGUUCCUGUUGCUGAGCUUUGCAAACCAGACCAACAUGAUUCAGAAGAUCUACAAGAAGCAGAUCAGCCAUUGGAGUUCUGUUCUGGAGAUACCAAAGACUUCAAAACACUAGGGGAGAAAGCAGAGGGUCAUUCCACAGCUGGGGUGGACAGCGAGAGGGAAGACAGCGCAGACGGGGACACACAGAAAUCUGAGGUUGCCACCUUAGAGAACCAUGAUGGUGUAACUCUAGCCCAACAACUGCUGCCUGUGGUUCAAACUGACCCCCUUGGUCCCGCUUCUAAAGGGCACCUGGAUCUUCCUGGUAGCAGGUCAGCCAAAUGCCCUCCUGACUUCACGGAGCAGUCGUACUUAGACUUGGCAGGGGCUCCCUGUGUAUUAUGGGCAUCUGGGCACACUUGUCCUGUUGUGGACUCACUGGACUUGGCUGUGAAAGGUGUGCUGGUUGAACUUAAAGCAGCCCCCCUGGAGAAACCAAAGCGUGUUUUAGACUUGGGCAGGCUGAGCAAGGAAGAGGUCAGUGGUGUUGUCUCCCCAACUAGCAUAGAGGAGACUCCAGGACCGUUAGGAGUAGAGGAAUUCACAAAGGCACAGGUUGAGACUGAACCUGACAGGUGUAUGGAUGGGGAAAGCUUGGGUCAGGUGACCACACAAACUGAAGACACUGAAAAACCAGAAGUGGAGAAGACAUCUUCACAAGGGGAGGCCAAAGACUCCCUGACUGGAGAAGGGAAAGCUACGCAUGAGGAAAACCUGGAGAGGGAUUUGACACCACAGCUAGAUCUGAAUUCCCGGGAUUCUGGGAUCAGGAUUAAGGAAGGUCCAGGAGGAAUAGGACCAGCCGAAGAUUCCUUAAAGCCGACUGGGAUCCAACCUGGGAAUGACAAAGAAGACUCUCCUAGAAGUGGGAAUUCAAACGGGAUGAACCAGGAGCCAGCAAUCUCCCUUUCUCCCGACGAAACUGAUCCCGCCAAACCGAAGAAAUCUGUGAAAAGAGUGAACUUCAUCUGCCAGGAAGAGGACCAGAGACAGGCAACAGUCAGGCUAAGAAACGGCGAGGAGGAGUCGCAAUUGGGCAGAGCCGCAGCCAAUGGCAUAGCAGGAUCGGAUGGGAAUCUCGCCCCACCCGGGGAGCAAGAAGACCCCCCAGAGAGGAACUGUGUCAACGAAAACACAGAGGAUCAGGAGAACUCUGCCAGUGGAAAUGGGGCUGGCCUUUAUUUCAAGAGUGCCCUGGUAAACGAGGGGGAGACUACUAUAAACAGGAAGACGGUUAAGAAGACCCGGAAGUUCAUCGUGGAUGGAAAGGAAGUGAGCGUGACGACGUCCAAGAUUGUGAGCGACAACGACAAGAAGGACGAGCAGCUGCGAUCGGUCAGACGUCAGGAGCUGCACGCGCUCAGACUGCUGCAGAAGGAGGAGCAGCGUGAGCAGACCCAGUUGGAGCAGAGGCUGCAACAUCAGAGAGAGCAAAUGUUCAGACACAUCGAGCAGGAGAUGACGGGUAAGAAGCAGUACUACGACCAGGAGAUUGAGAAGGUGGAGCGACAGUACCGUCAGUCCAGCGAGCGGAUGGAGCAGGAUCACACCGUGAGGCUGCGGGACGAGGCGCGGCGGCUCAAAGCUCUGCAGGAGAAGGAGUACGCGAGGCGCAGCCAGCUGCUCAGGACCGACUCCAGAGAGGAGCACAAGUUCUUGCAGAAGCAGCAGCAGGAUCUGAACGAAGCUCUGCAGAAAGCAGUUCAGGAGCACAAGAGAAAGGUGGCGGCUGUGGAGUGGGAGUCUCUCACUAAGAUCCAGCAGCUCAAGAGGGCCCGGGAGUCUGUGAUCUGGGAACUAGAACAGCGACAUCUUCAGGAGAAAUACCACCUGUUCAAGCAGCAGGUGAAGGAGCAGUUAUCUCUGCAGAGACAGCAGCUGCUGAAGAGACACGGAAAGGAGAAAGAGCGAGCCAGUCGUUUCCACCAGUCCCUGCUGGAGGACCUGCGUUCCCAGCAAGCCCAGGAGCGCGCCCGGCUGCCCAAGAACCAGCGUUGCGAUGCCAAGGCACGGCUGGCCCUGUUCAAACAGAGCCUAAAGAUCCAGGGCGUAAGCAGCGGCGCCGAGCAGAGACAGCGCCUCACGCAGUUCCAGGCAGAGGAGGAAUCUCGUCAGAAAGCAGAACGAUUGAGGCAGCAGCAAAACCACGAGCAGCGGCUCAGAGAACUGCAGGAGCAGUGUGACAGCAACAGCACAGAGCUGCAGCAGCUGCAGAACGAGAAGCUGCACCUGCUGGUGGAGAGAGAGAAGAGGAAGAUACGAACUCUGGAGGAAGAGCACACCAUGGAGCUGAGCGAGUGGAGGGAGAGGCUGGCCUGUCGCAAGGAGGUGUUGGAGGAGGAUCUGGCUCGAAGACGCAAGACUAAGAACCGGGUCCCUAGGAGGGGCAGCGAGCCAGAGACCCGUGCUGGGAACAGGCUCUCCCGAUUCCUGCCCAGCCUCAGCUUCUCCAGCUAGCCUCCCGAUACCUGGAUAUCUGGAAUUCCCAACAUGGCUUCUUUGCAGGAAUUCCCAGGUGGAGCUGUGGGAAAUCUGAGAGGGAAUGGAUUCUGAAUACCCAUUCAAGCCUCUCCUGCUCGCCUAUAUUGUGUGUGUGUGUGUGUGUGUGUGUGUGUGUGUGUGUGUGUGUGUAUAACCGGUAUAUAUAUAUAAGUAUGAAAGUCUGAAAGGUACAUACAUUGAAAAUAAUUUAACCCUUUUGUGUACAUCCCAAAAAAACUUGUCAGUAGCUUCAAAUGAUGUUUAAAAUGUAAUCAAUCUAUGUGGUUCCGGGUUCUGUUGCUCCAAAUUUGAGUUUCAUUGAAUUUAUCACAUUUCUGCCUCUACCUGGUUUUGAACUGCUUUCAGCUUCAUUCACGUGACAAUAUUAACUUUCAACUCUGUCAGCCCCCCCCCACCCCCCCUUUUUUUGCCGCUAUAUAUGUAGAGGGGGCUGUGUCACAUGAUCGGAAUGGAACGUGCCCAGCAGUUAGGAUUCUCCAGACGAGCUCAAAGCAACUUAAAAGCAGGUAGAUUUCAAAUGAUAAUACCUCAAUAUUGGAGCAACAGAAUUCAGAACCACUCGGAAUUAUUGCAAACACCACAAGAGAGUAACUGAAUUCCAAUCCAAACAUGAAGCUUCUUAAUUAAUACAAUCGCAGGGAUUACUUUCUUUAAGUCAAAAAUAUUUCACAAAACCUGAAAACAGUUUUUUGUUUUUACAUAAAAAUUGGGCUCACUGUAUAUUUCUUUUUUUCUGUAAAUAGGAUUAAUAAAUCUCUUUUGUACAUGAAUUGACA